GUAAACGCCAAUAAUCCCAAAAGUCUCUUCCUUUCGUCUUUCCAAGAAAGUCUCCCACUAAAGUGUUUAGAGAAAACUUUAAACCAUGAGCAAUCGCAUCGGAUUGCUCGAUCUAGAGAAGCAUUUUGCUUUCUAUGGAGCUUAUCACAGCAAUCCCAUUAACAUUAUAAUCCACACUCUCUUCGUAUGGCCAAACGUCUUCGCUACUCUCCUUUUCCUCUACUCUACGCCACCGAUUUUAGAUCACUCUCAAUUAGGGUUCCUCAAGUCGCUGACAUUUGAUGGUGUUUUGCGUUUGGACAUUGGUUUUACCCUCACUGUGACUUAUGCUGUCUUUUACAUCUGUUUGGAUAAGAAAUCUGGUGUUUUAGCAGCUCUGUUAUGUUUCUCUUGUUGGAUUGGCUCUAGCUUCCUCGCAGCUCGAUUAGGACAUUCCUUGACUUUAAAGGUUGGAGUAGCUUCUCAGCUCUUAUGUUGGACUGGUCAGUUCCUCGGACAUGGCUUGUUUGAGAAACGAGCUCCUGCACUUUUAGACAAUCUACUCCAAGCUUUUCUUAUGGGUCCUUUCUUUGUGUUGCUCGAGGUGUUGCAGUCUGUUUUCGGGUACGAGCCAUACCCUGGAUUUAAAGCACGCGUCGAUUCCAAGAUAGAGAGUGGAAUCAAGGAAUGGAGAGAAAAGAAGAAACAGCAGCAGAUGAAGAAGGUCACUUAAGCUCCAAUGUGGUCAGUCAUUGUGAUUCGAAAUUUGUUCCCUUCAUUAUAUACUCUGAAUUAAGCACAAAGCAAUGAAGCAUAAGCUCUAUGACUAGUUGACCAAAAAAAAAAAAAAAAACUCUAUGACUAGUUAGUUUUGUUAUUGAAGCCCAGGCCCAGCCCAUUAACUUAUGCAAGUCACUGCAUAGAUAAGGAAUUUUCCAAAUUUUCAUCAUGAUAGAAAGAUAUGUAGAAAUAAACAAGAAUCGAGAUUUGUCAGAAUGGUACGAAAAAAAACGUUUUGAUUUGAUUUUUGUAUGACUCACUGAACUCUUUUGAACUGAACCACAAAAAAACAAAAGCUAAAGUUAAAGCAAACACGAAAAGUUUUAUUUUCUGAAUAAUAGAGAAAACGUUUUAGAACUUUUUUUUGUCUGAAAUGCGCAAUAUAUCAAUCAAAGGAACAAAAUUAGGAAACCAUUUUUUGAAAAAGAUGUGAAUCAUUUAUCGUCGUGUAAUCCAUUUUGACCCCACGAAAGCAAGAAUCCUUCUAUGGCUCUAUAGGAAAAAUGAUUAAGAUUCAUUUGUUAUGAGCAAAUAAUUUCAUGGAAAAAUAAAUAAAAAAUUCAUUGGUAUUUGUCAUGUCUAUGUAUAAUAGAGAGCUACAAUGGUGAAAAGAUUGAACUGUGCUUUCUUUCUUCUUCACAUUAUAUGUCACAUCCACAUGAGUUAUUCCGCUAUACUUUUUUUUCCCACUUUUCUGGGAUCAUUACGAAUUACAUUAUUGUAUUUUCGAAAUUUGGUUUCUUUUUACAACUGUGUUCUACUUUGUCUAAAUAGAAAUUUGUUUUACAACCUUUUACUACUGUGUUCUAUUGUACUCUAUCUACCAUUAAGUCGUGAUUUGCUGGUAAAAAAUAAAAAUUUAUUUUCUCAUUGGAUGCGGAAACUAGUGUGGUCGGUGACGUAAAAAAAUAUAUUUAUUUUUUUAACUCGAACCUAAGUCAUUUUUCUUUUCUUUUCUUAAUCUUUUUUUUUUUCUGUGUAAGAAUAUGAUUGUACGAAAAUUUGUAAAUUUAAUAAUGAAAAGUCCAAAAUAAGUAUGGACCAGCGACGCGGAAUGCAGCCACACGAUGAUAAAUUUUGCACAUGCCUUCUGAAGAUUUCCGA